AUGUAUGCACAUGAUUCCGCUCAGAUCUACACCUACCAGGACCUGUAUUACUGUAAGAUUUGUGAGGACGUGAAAGAAUUCACCUCGUCCACGCCGUACGAGGAGGAGACUGUACCGAGGAACCAACGGUUCCUUGAGCUAAUGGACGAUGAUUGUCAUGGUCAAUACUACCACCAAUAUGGGCGGUAUCCAUACAUUACUGUACCACAUCACAGAGCAGCCUACGUGAUUCCAAGACGGCAUUUCGACGAGGAAUACUCGGAUUACUAUCGAGACUACAAGUCACAAUCCAGGGAUUACGAUCGCCGGCUGAAAACCUAUCAGCACUCGCUGUACUACAUCCGAGUGAUGGCGUACAUUCAGAUUUUUAUAGCCGGUGUGUUGUUGGUAUCUGAUGUAUCGAGGAUUGUGUUAUUAUGGACGUUUGUACAAUCUGCAGGGACCAUCAUAGAAAUGAUCUGCCAACUGUCUUUCCCGUUGUUCACUUUGAUUUUGGGAUUCCUAUCGCUCACCACUGCUUUGUCACCGUCAAGCGUCCUUUCAAAAUCCGUUGUCAUUCUUCUUCUAGCAACUGUCAUCCCUAAUUUUGUGUUCCCAAAACAAGCAGCUUUCAUUACCUCAGCUGUAGAUGCAGUAGAAGUUGCUCGUGCAUCCGAUCGGACGUACAUGAAACAGGUUACUGUGGAUAUGAGCAUGGGUAUGAUUCGCUCGGAAACACAUCAUAAACUCUUACGACUGCUUUCUUCUAUGGGUUCCAGAUGGCCGUUAGGCAUUCAGGAUCUCAGUUCGUUGCCUGGCGAUUUUCUACUGCUGCUGCAGUAUCUUCUCGUGUCCUACGCAAUGUUCUCAUUUCUUCAGCUGGUCGUUCAAGUGGCCACCAUUUAUUUUCUCGUUCGACUUCUCACAGUUCAAUGA